UCGCUAUUUCAAUACCAGUUCCAUCACUAGUUCCUAUAAGCUAGAUAAAACACGCUCCAGAGUCAAGCAGUGAUCGCAGUUGUUUUUUCCUGGAGAUUAUUCCUUCCACUAUUUCCUCGGAAAUGGAAAGCUCACUAUGGGAAAAAAGAAGAAAAAAAAGUUCCCUCGUGUAUCCCAUCUUCCUCCUCCUCCUCCUCUCGUGUUCGUCGUCGUAUUUUCCUUCACGCCCCUCCACCGGUUCUUUUCGUGUUCUUCUGUUGCUGUUUCUGAAAACAGGUAGAGUAUUAUCAUCUCUCUUCAGGUCGAUGAGGAUUGGGUCAAGCUCGUGGAGAAUCUUUCGAUAUUCGCACAGAACCUCUGUUGCCUCAAAAUUGCAGAAUGUAGGGUCCCAUGUCGUUGAUGCCGUGGUUGCGGUGGUUGGUUCUUGUGGGGAACUCGAGGAAGCUGAGGAAGUGUUGGAGGAGGUGUUGGAGGUAGUGUCGGACCAGUUGAAGAACGACAUCUUGAUGAUAGUUGACGGUUGGGAAUUGUCAAGAUUGGCCGAUGGGACGUAUCAUAGACGUGGGAACGGAUCCUCUGAGAAGGCAACGGAUCAAUGUAUGUGGACAGUGGCCGUAGGUAUGUAGACGGUGUGGGUGUAUAAACCGUCCGAGUAUAACCCGUGGUCUUGUAGACCGUGUGUGUGUAUACUGUGGGUGUAGAGACUCUGCCAACAGGGUGCGCAAGCUCGUUACGUUGCGCAGUCCAUAGGAAGGCCUGUACGAAACACUUGAGGGUUAUCUCUUUGUCUGAUUCUUGCAAACAGAAGUAUAGACGGUCAAGGACCGGAGUUGGGGGUUUUUUGUCAUCACCGUCCUUCCA